ACGGUUGGACACAUUUUUUGACUUUAUAUUUUCCUGUUUGUGUAGUAUCGUCAAUUCUAUAUAUAAUUACAUUACAAUUGAGAGGCUUUCAAAAAUUAAAUUUUAUAUCCCAAUAAAAUGCAAAAAUCAUGACAGUACGUGCUUCCCGUGACAAUGUCACAACAAUGCUUUGGAAAACAAACGAAACAUUUGAUAUAACUCGUUCACGGUUGUAGCAUAAAAAUGCAAUUAUAAAAAUUGAAUGCUUCUCUUUAUUUUUAUUUUUUUGCAGGAUGAAGCUUAUACUAGUACUAGUUGUAAUUAUUUUUGCAACACUUGGAUGUCAUGGUAGACGACAGGGAGGAAGGCGUCCUGGUGGACCAAGACCUGAUGGAGGUCGUCCAGGGGGACCAAGACCGGAUGGCGGUCGUCCUGGUAGACCCAGACCCGAUGAUGGCGAUUCCAAGGAAACAGGGGAUUCUACUGAUGCAACAACUGUGAAGACAUAUGAUGGAGACUGUUAUCUCAAAGUGUCAGAAGAUAUGGAUCCGGAAGAGUUUCAAGUUGUUCUCAGAUUCAAUCGACCUAUCGACAGUCUUAGUCUUGGAGGUUUUACCAUUAAAGAAUCAUCCCGUAAUAAGAAGUUUGUCUUGACUAAUUCUGAAUCUAUUUCUGCUGGUUCGGUAGAGCUUCAGUACACAGCUGAGUACAAUGGCAGACGACGACUCCGUGGUAGAUGUGGAUGUAACAGAAGACCUGAGACAACAGAAAGUCCAACAACUACAACCGAAACGCCAGACGGUCCACCACCCCCUGCAUAAACAUUAAUGUCUACCAAUAACCUGAAUACAAAUCUAAAACAUUAAAAUGAAUCAUCGAUAACUAA